UCGGCUCGAGAUGGACGGAGGCGGCGAAGGUUUCUCGGCUCCUGUCGCUCUUUAACCUCAUUUCGGGCCGACAGAAAAAAAAGCCAAACCAAACACGACAUAAGUCCGCUUUAGCGACAGGAGCACCGGCUCGGGUUAUAAACUAUAGAGGAUGGCUGUAAAUUGGAUUGGGAGCCUUGUUUCUAUCAACUGUGGUGAGACACUUGGAGUAUAUCAGGGAAAAAUUUCUGCAGUGGAUCAGACCAGUCAGACAAUCUCCCUUACACAGCCAUUCCGCAAUGGAGUGAAAUGUUCUGUUCCUGAGUUGACAUUUAGUGCAAUAGACAUCAAGGACUUGAAAAUAUUAGAGAUCCCUAAUUUACAAACAAAUACAAGUUCCACCCAGCCUUCAUUGUUCACAACUACUAGUUUGUCACACAAUGCUUAUUCAUCUCAGAAUGGUGCUGCAAAAGGUGUAAAGAAAACAAAUGCUUCAGGAAGUGCACCACAAGCAAUCCCACGCCGUGCAGAGCAAAAAGUUCAAGAUGUGGUCAUUUCCCCACAACAGUAUUCUAAAAGUUAUGUAGACCGCCAUAUGGAUUCUGCCCUCACUCCAUCAAAAGGAUUUCGUCGAAGACAUAACUCUUGGUCCUCUAGCAGCAAGCUUCCUAACCAGGCAACACCAAAGAAAAAUGGAGUGAAGAAUGGACCAUUGAAAAAUAAAGAUGAUGAAUGUUUUGGGGAUGGAAUUGAAGAGAUUCUGGAUACGGACUUUGACUUUGAAGGCAACCUAGCACUCUUUGACAAGGCAGCUGUGUUUGAAGAGAUCGAUACAUUUGAAAGGCAGAAUGGUGCACGCUCCAGGGGAACGCCAAGUGAGAAGCAAGCCAGGUACCGGCAUGAUGAGAACAUCCUGGAGUCUGAGCCCAUUGUCUACAGGCAGAUCACAGUGCCACAACACUGCGGCAAAGAAUAUUGCACUGAUUCAGGACUGGUUGUUCCUAGUAUUUCUUAUGAGUUGCACAAGAAACUGCUGACAACAGCAGAACGACACGGUCUAUCCUUGGAGCGCAGACUGGAAAUGACUGGAGUAUGUGCCAGCCAGAUGGCACUAACACUGCUUGGUGGACCUAACAGGUUAAAUCCCAAGAAUGUUCACCAGCGACCAACAGUUGCACUGCUUUGUGGGCCACAUGUUAAGGGAGCUCAAGGGAUCAGCUGUGGACGCCAUCUUGCCAACCACGAGGUUCAAGUCAUCCUUUUCCUGCCCAACUUUGUGAAGAUGCUGGAGUGCAUCACCACUGAGCUUCAGCUUCUCAGCAAGACUGACAGCAAACAAGUGGCCAAUGUUAAAGAUUUGCCAGACACUCCAGUUGACCUAGUGAUCAAUUGCCUGGACUGCCAUGAGAACCCAUUCCUUCGUGAGCAGCCCUGGUACAGAGCAGCAGUUGAAUGGGCGAACCAUAACCGAGCACCAGUGUUGAGCAUUGACCCACCUGUGAGUGUAUUGGAGCAAGCCAUCGACGCCAAGUGGUCUCUUGCUCUGGGCCUCCCUUUACCAUUAGGAGAAAGUGCUGGACGAGUAUAUCUAUGUGAUAUUGGAAUACCUAAGAAGGUUUUCCAGGAAGCAGGAAUCUCAUAUCAUUCUCCCUUUGGUUGCAAGUUUGUCAUACCUUUGCAUUCUGAAUAAUGAUGGUUUAAUGCAUCUGAGGGAAAUGUACUUUUCAAAUGAUAGGUAUAGUGUCUGGCAAGGAAUAUGAAGCCUUAAUGUACAAUGGACUCGGAAUGAAGUGAUAUCGAUGGUUAUUGUUACAGAACAAAAUUCUUGCGAAGCGAUGAAAGCACUGGAAAUUGUACUAUUUGGACUGGUGCCAUAUUGAGUUUCUUUAAGGGAUGUCUGCACCAAAGGUUAUACUGGUUUGUAGUUCUGCCUUGUUUUCUCACACAUUGCUGUGCCUUUUUAUCCAGAAGGCUGCGCACAGUAUAGUUUGUUACAUUUGCCAGACUUUGGCAGGGUGAAAACUGGCUCAACCUAUUUGCGAUUGUUCGUGUAGAACCUUCCCACUGCCAGUGGCUUUGAUAAGAAACCGAUGUUCAAAAUGCAAGCCAAAAAAAAGGAAAGGGUUUGAAAGUUGAAAGUGGCACAAGGUGCGUCUGAAAUGGAGCUAAGGGUGACUGCCACAUUGGCAGUCAGUCUCUCUGUUAAAAUUUCCACUUUUGCCAGUUGGAAGUAAUCACUGGUGUAAUUUUGCAUUACUACCAAAGGCAGCUAACGGUUGGAAAAUCUUUCAAUGCCUGUAUGUUUAUACAGCGAAUCUCAAUUUGUGGUGAAACACCAGCUUUUGAUACUCCACAACAUAUCAGCAAUACCUGAUGUAUUUGCAGUCUGUGAUGUGCAUUAAUAUUGUGUGUAAGGUCCCGUCAAGAUGCACUGUUGUCACACACAAAGCAGAUGCUUGACUUAAUUUUCCAUUUAGCUUAGAACUGGACAAGAUGUAUUAAAUGGAAACUGCUGUAGUUUCAGCCGUAUCUCGGGAUCCUGAUUUAGCAGGAAUCCUGACAAGAGUCAACUCCAUUUCAGCCAAGAAUAGCUUGGCAAUUUGAUCCCAUCAGAUACCAAACCACUUUCAAAGCCGUGGACUGCAGUGCACAAAUUAAUAUCAGCUGAAUGGGGAAUUUGACCCUUAUUGGAAGUUGAUUUAUAAAUGGUUGGACUGUGCUGAAAUGACAUUUUGUAUGUACUAUACAGUCAGAUGUCCACUUAAUGGGUUUAUAGGAGGAAUACAUCUACUAUGUCCACUCAUUUGCUCAUUAAAUUAAUCAUACUUUAUCAUAGAGAAUUGUAAUUAGAAAACAUGGGUUUAAAGGACUUAACAUUCAGAGUUGCAAUGCAUCUUGUAUCUUUAGUGUUUUUUAUUUGGUCAUGGGCCUACAAAGCCUUAAAACUCAUUUAUAACUAUGGGGUGAGUGGGCUAUGGUUGAGAAGAUUGUAACCUAAAUUGAAAAAAAUAGAAAUGCCCAGAAAUGGUCCUUCAAAACUAUUUCCCUCUUAAGUUGGAGCCCAUGGAAUAAACAGAGCUUUAUUGACCACACAACUUGAUUUCAUGGGUAUUUCUGAUUAUUUUUUGCAUGACCAAAUUAGCAUCGUGUUUGGUGAGAUUCUUGAUCUGCAGUACCAGUGGGUUAAUUAAAAUGAAACUGCUCGUUUAUCAGUGUAGUUCUUUUGCCUAGAUAUGCACCACAACAGAGUACCACAUGUAUAUCUUUGCCCUGUCUUAUUUCAUAGUUUGAGUUGCUUUAUGAAACUGUACGUAGUAGAAAAGGUAGCUGUUGCUAGUAUUUAUUUUUUGGCACAUCAAGAUUAUGGGUCCAUGUGUGUAGCAUACAUUUUUCCUGAUACAGUAUUGUUUACUCCCCUCCCCCCACCUCAUUAAAAAAAAUUCAAAACCUCCAGUUUUUGAAUCUUAAGACAGCUGCAAUAAUCAAACAUGAAUACGUGCCAAAACUCAGAAAAAUAACUCUGAGAUGCAGCAGAACCCUCUUGUGUUGUUUGUAGACGCAUACUGUAUUUUUCAGCUUUAAUAUUUGUUCUGUGUUAUGCUAUGAGAAAGAAACUCAGGAAGGGAGAUUUAUAGCAACAGCCAAUGUCUCACUGCACACUCCUUUUGUAUUUGCAGUGCAGUAAAUUAAUGUAAAAUGAUUCCUGUAGCUGAUUAAAAUUUGAGAGCCUGGAAGAUGCUUUAAGAAAUGAGACCAGUUUCUUUGAAAACAGCCUUCUUGUAAAGAUCACAGAGGCUACAUUGUGCAGGUGUUUCCAUAUCUUAAUAUCUUACUUCUCUGGUGCAACAGAAGUUAUCGCAGAGUCGAAGAACUUGAAUACAUUUACAUUUAGACCAUUUUAACUACUAAUGAAAUGUUAACAAUGAAACUUCUCCCUUCCCUUAUAGACUACAACGGUUAUUUAGUUUAUUAGGCACAGGCAGCUCCCACUGCAAAGAGGAGUAAGAUUUUUUAAGCAUAAUCACUCUGUUUUGUUGUGGUUUUAUUUUGGGGAGGAGAAAGAAAUAUUGUGGAAUUUGUUUGGUGAAGUGGCAGGUACUAGCUGUGAGGUAAGGCUCUGUUGAUACGCAUGAAGGAAAUUGCAAUGCAUACACAACUCCUUGCCAAGAUUCUUAAAGCAUCUUAGUUUAAUGAUAAAUCAAAAUUCCUUGCGCUUCUCUGGUUCAAUUAGUGUGGUAGCAGGAACAUGUCAAUCUCGCAGCUGGCCCAAUUUCUUAAUUUUGUUGUAUUGUAACUUAAUAUUAGCUGUUUAAAAGGACAAAACAUUUGUGAAUUUUUUCACUGACUAAAGAAUGUAGGGAAAUGGAACAAACCAAUUGCUUCCACAAACUUAAGCAGCUAGUGUACAUUUUGAAGUAAACUGUUUAAUACUAAAACUUGAGACAAGCUGUGAAAGACUAUGCAUGAAGGCAGCUUUGCACGUAUGGUACAUCAGCAGCAUUCUUUUGAGGAAAGUCAGAAACGGACUGCUUCUUACAGCACACGACAUGUGGGUUUUCACUCCAAGAAGUCUGUAAUAUUUUAGCAGAUUUUUACUUGUAUGCUGUACAAUUUCAAAGCUUAGCUAGCAAACUACCAUGUCAACCAAAUUAUGUUUUUCUUAAGCUGUGUAUGAUUUUCUUUAUGCAGAUGUGUAGAAGAGGCAAGUUAAGUCAGAAAGAGUAUAAUAUAAAACCAUAAACAUGGCCUGUCACCAAACUGGAGCCCUGAUAAAGCAAUGCCUUACCCCCCAUUUAAAAUCUUGAAGACUUCCAUCUAAAAACAGGCAAAUGAUACAAAUCUCUUCUCCUCACUGUCCCACAGAAGAAUUGUGUUAUGUUCACUUUAAGAAUGGGGAAAACAUUCCCCACAUUCUGUGACUUAUUUUCACAUUACAGCUUUAAACAGGACUAAAUAUGUCAAUGGCUGUCCUGCCCUCUACUGAAGCUAAACAAGCUUACGAAACAACUUGUGAAUGAGCCACGUGACUACUUUAUUUGGUGACAAGUGGCUGCGAACAAUUGAUAGUUCGAUUAUAGUGGAAACAUCCUAUUUUUAAAAUGCUGUGUCGAUGAAAUGAUAAUUUAUGCUUAGAACUGGGAGGAAUGCAAAGCAUUUCAUAGUCCAUAUUUUCCUCUAAAGUCUUGUUAGACUUGUUCUUCAAAUACUGCAUCUUAUAAAACUGGUUUCCUGCAGCACUGCACGUUUCAGUGAUUCAGUAUAUCUUUCACAUUCUGCUCCUUCAGUAAUGUCUUCAAGGCACAGUGCCCUCCCAGACAAUCACACGUGAGCUCGAGAAAGAAUUCAUUAUCUAAAUUUAGUAAUCUGGCAUUAUACUGCAAUGUAGGUACAAAUGAUGCUGUGUUCUCCUCGUCUCCCUGCCUUCACUCUAUAUGGUGGCUCAUGUUAACCUUUUGUCAUGUCCACUCUCAGGAUAAAUCAUUCUGUACAGUGACAGUAUGGUCCACUGAGUAAAGGUAAAUCUCAAGUUAAUAAUGAAGAUGGUAACUUGCAAUAUGUUUGCCUAAUCCCACACAAACAAUUUUUGUUUUUUGGAAGUAUGUUUUGCUGACUAAAAAUGCCUCUUAAGUGUACUUUUAGCUUGAAGUUUGCAGCCUACUUAAAAAGAGGAGGCUUCAAGUUAGCUGGAGUUUUCAGAUAUGUUCAUGUUACACCAGGCUAAUUUAGUUCACAAAAGAAAUUUGAAACGCAGCCAUUUGUAAUUAAAAAUAUUAUGGUAGGUUUGUUUGACAUUGAAUGUGAUGGUCAUUUACGAAAUGUAAAUUUGUUGUCUCAAGAUUUUCAGUGGCUUGUCACAGACUUGUCUGCUGGGUGCAUAUAACUCAUUGAUGCAGCAAAAGAAAGCACUAAAUAAAGAUGCAAUUUUGUCAGCAA